AUGAACAUCUCGCUAAUCGCCGAUACAGCUACCAUAGCUGCACAACAAACCCUAUGUUCUGGAAACUCGCUGUUCCUCCAUCGCCAAAACCGCAUCAACCUCGCAGAUCAAUCCUCCCAAAUCUGCGCCGUCAUCGUCGAUGUCUUGGCUUCGCCGCCUGUCAAAUCCAAAACCUCCCGUCGCACCAUCCUCCGGAAACGGCGGCGGACCAGGAGUAGAUCGAAAACUUAUGGAGAUGCCGGCGAUUGCGGAGAGGAGUAUGGUUUUUUUGGCGGUGGAGGCGGCUGGGGCGGUUUUGGUGGCGGCGGCAGGGGGUGGAAUUUCGAUAAAUUCGGAGGGCAUGAUUGGGAUGAAUCUUCGGGGUGGUAUUCCUCGCGGUCUUCGGAUUUUGCUUACGGGUUUGUUUAUGAGGUGAUAUAUUGGAUUGCCUUGUCGAAUUGCGUGCAUUUUGCGUUUAAGAAGGUUGUUAGGCUUGUGGCUGAUGGCAUUGGUGAUACCGACAGAGGGAAAGUGGUGCCUUUGAGAUUGGGUACCAUUUGCUAA